CAUGUUUUCAUCGUAAUUCCGGAAGUUUUCCAGGUGAUCUUUUUACGGGUAUAAAAAUCUAAGUGAUAAUGCCGCGCGUGGCGAGGAAGCGGGUGGUUGAGAGCGAAUCGAAGGAGAACGGUGCGGAAGCGAUUGAGGCCGAAUUCCCGGGUGUCGAGAUAGAAUACAACUCGGGAAAACCACGCAAAGGUGCCUUCGAAUUUGUUAUGGUCGACAAGGAUGGCGCUGAUAUUGAGCUGUGGAGCGGGGUUUCUUUGGGUCCACCGAGAAAGCUCAAGUUCCCAGAUGAUGCCGUUGAGAUGGUGAAGAAGAUCAAAGAACAUGUUGAUUGAAGGGGGUUUGAAAUGCAACGGUAAUAAUACCGGGGACUGGUUGGUUUUUGGCACCCUU